UUUAUUCAAAAAUCGUGCCAAGUAAGUCAAGUUGACUGUCAAAACUUGCUUGACUUGCUUGUUGCGAACUCUGUCUGGGUGCCGCUAGGUGUGAAGUAUGGUAAACGAGCCUCGCUACUCCUUGCGACAUUUAUGCUCUUUGUUGUUCUCAUUGCAACAGCCAAGACGACAACUUACACCGGACUGUUGGCUGCAAGAUGCUUUUCUGGCUUCGCCGCCGCCGCGGGUGAGAGCAUCGUCCCUGGUAUAGUCUCAGACAUUUUUUUUCUUCAUGAGCGCGCUGCCAUGAUGUCUGGUUACACAAUUCUUGUGUCUAUCGCGACAGCUAUAGGUCCGCUGAUUGCUGCAUUCAUAGUGCAGUAUAGCCCUGGCAACUGGGUUGACUACAUGUGGGUUUGUGCAGCCUUGGCUGGUGCUAAUUUGGUGGCCAUAUACCUUCUCUACCCCGAAUCCAACUUCGUCAGAUCGGAUGUACCUCCUCAUACUAUUCGAUCAGAUUCCCAUCCUAGAGGAGAUCCGGAAGCAGAGAAGGUAACUACUGUCAGAACGGAAACCAUCAAUCGACACUACAUCAAGAUUGUCCACAGGCCAUGGCUGAGCAUAUGGACCAGUAUCGUCACAAUCAAUCACGACACCGGACUACUCGAGAUAUUUCUUCGCCCUCUGAAGAUGAUAGUCAGCCCUAGCAUUCUGUUUGCCAUAUUUGUAUAUGGAACCUCUCUUGCGGCUCAGAUCAUCCUCAUUUUCGCUUUUUCAAGUCUGCUCCAAUCUCCACCGUACAUGUUCUCGCCCAUUGGAGUAGGUCUAAUGGAAAUUUCCGCAAUCAUCGGCUUCUUAGUGGGCUGCUUCAUGGGUGGAUAUGUUGCUGACCUAAUCACCGCAGCUGUGAUCAGGCGGCAGGAUGGAGCUGUGUAUUCAGAGCAGCGCCUUAUGUCCCUUAUUCCUGGCGGGUUCAUUGCACCAGCUGGGUGCAUUCUGAUAGCUUUCGCAUGCUCGGAAAAGCUGCACUGGGUUGCUAUCGCUUUCGGCUUCGGAAUGGUAUCGUUUGGUACUGUUUAUGCCCCAAACAUCGUGAUCACCUAUGUGGUAGAAAGCCACUACAAGUUUUCUACUGAAAGCCUGGUGACGAUCAAUAUUUUCAAGAACCUGGUCGCCUUCCUAUUUUUGUUCACCGCCACUGACUGGAUUGCUGCGCAAGGAUGGGUGCAGGUCUACAUGAUCAUGUUUAUGUUGGUUUUAGUAGGUACACUGAUGGCGAUUCCGUUCUAUUUCUUCGGGGCAAAGUGGAGAGGGGAGCACAACCACGGUAACAUCAACGGCCGAAUUUAG